AUGGGAAGCCGUGCGGUUUGCUUGCGCCAGGGCGACACGGAUCGACCGGCGAGAGGAUUGUGUAUCUCGGGUCUCUCUGCCGGCUCCAGCGGUCUAAUUUACGCUGGUUCGGGCGAGCCGGUCUUCACCGUAGCAAGGCGAGAGGAGAACGACGUUUGCCCGCUGUUUAAAAGUCGGAGAGCCUCCCGCCGCGCUCCUGAAAGCCGUCAGUGCCCCCCUGUGUCGGAGCAGGGCGCUGUUCAGUCUCACCGCAAGGCUCGGCGCACACCCAGCCGCUGGGUGGCGCUGUCGCCAGGCGACGCGAGGAGUUCAGAAAAAGAAAGACAAGAUCAAGAAAAGCAUCAGAAAGAAGAGCAAGAGAAAACUGUAGAACAUACUUCUACAAAGGAAGCAGAUAAAACUUCCACGAAGGAUGCAGAUAAAACCAGCCGUACAGGACGACGUCCAAGCCAAAGUGCCUUGUCCAGUCGUAAUGAUCGAAGAUCAACCAGAAGUCCUCCAAAGACAGACGGACCAAAGGAGAAUAAACAUCCAUUUGCUCUCUACGGGUGGGGAGAAAGACAGACAGAUACUGGAAGCCAGAAAACUCACAAUGUCUGUGCUUCUGCUUCAGUGAAUGAAAUUCAUGAAUCUGCUCUACGAGCAAAGAACAGGAGACAAGUGGAGAAAAGGAAGCUGUCACAGAGGCGAGUACGAUCAGCAGAAGCAGAGAAAGCUUGGCGGAUAAAGCCUUCCCCACCAGAUAACCCCUGGAUGACAGAGUAUAUGAGAUGCUACUCGGCAAGAGCUCGGUGAAUUUGGAUUCAACUUAGGCAUCUUCACAAGAAGAUAUGCAUAUCAGGACACUGGUGCAAGGAACCAAACUACUUAUGCAAGGUUUUUAUAGGGAGUUUCCAGCUGUUGAAAUAUUUGUUAAAGUAUUUUUAUCUCGGCUACCUACCUCACAAUGGGGUGUCUAGUUGGAGCCAUAACAUUUGAAGAGGCUUUUAAAUAUAGUUACCCAAAUUUUUAAACAAUUCCCCUUUUGGGAAUCUUUCUAAUGAGUUUCAAUUGACUUGUUUUGAGGGGGGGAGGGGGGCUUUGCAUACUGGCAAUCAAAACAAACUCUUAUUUUUUUUGAUCUUGGUUAUGAAUAAUCUGUUGCCCCUUACUUUAAAAGAUCAAGUCCUCCAAACCACAAGGAGGUGGUGUUGGGGUGGGGGGGGAGGGGAAAGGAAGGGGGAACUUGAAAGGUGUGAUGGAGGUGCCUUUGCAUUUAUGUUACUAUUAAGUCAAUACUUCUACCAAAAUAAACAUAUUAAAACGGGCAACAGGAAGGCAAGUGGGUGUGAUAAGCAGCAUAUUGGGUGUGGAUGCUUCAGACAGACAAAUGCCAAGUAUUGUCUGUAUACAGAAGCUUUCAAAAAAAGAUUAGUAAAUCUGCUGAUUCUCAAUUUUCAUUGCUGCUUGCAAGGUUAUCUGUAAUAAAAUACUAACUUUCAGAGCAAGAAACAGCUGCAGAAUUAUUGUACUGUUGCUGUGCCUGUUGCACUGAAUAACUGAUAAAGACAAUCACCAUCUGAUAGCUGCUGCUCAAAAAGCAGCUGCUUGUUCUACGAGUAUCAACUUGGCACCACUGUACUGAGCUUGUGGUCACACUUAUUCUGUGCUUAAUCAUGUAAACGCUGGUUUAUCAGAGCAGGCUGGCUUCUGUUUAGUGAAGUCUAUUUUUUAUUACUUAUGAAUAUCUAUCUAUGCUCAGUGGGGUUAAACUGCAAUAUGUAUUCCAUUUGGUGGUAUUGUAUGAGUGUACUAAAUUAUAGGUUUUUAACUUAAACCAUUUUUGAAAAAUUUAGAUGAAGCAGAGGAGCCUUAGCCUUCUGCCUCAAGGUUGGUGCAUAACUCCUCAUAAGGGAGGUGAGAGCUAGGGGAGGAAGGAGAGGGUAUCUUUCAGUAGAGUACAUAAUGGAGUUUGGAUGCUUUCACUCUGUAGGUCUUUCUUUUACAUACACUGUCUGUCAAAUCCAGAGUUUGUUUUUUUUUAAACUCAAGCUGCUGUGAAUGAUUUGUCUGAAAAUUAAGCUUUAGGCAGGUGACUAUGGUUAUGAGCUUCAAAGUUUUGUUCAGAUGUGCUGUGUUAGUUAUAUAUGUUGUUUACCAUACUUUAACAGUUUUGAAGCUUGCUUUUUACAGACUAGACAAUUUCUCACAGGAAGCGCACUUAGACUGCUGCAGCAGAAGCCUGUGCUAGUCUGUGCUUCGCUACACAAUCUCACUGAGUAAGCAGGACUAGAACUGCUGCUGCAACAGGGACAGCUAAAAUGCUUAGUGAAGUCUGAUUGUAGAUCUUCAAGUAAUUGUGGGAAGACCAAGUAUUGUUGCCUUCUAAUCUUAUUAUAUCAGUAAGAUUGAAAUUAAGAUUAAUGAAACCUUUACUAAGAAGUUUUAGAGUCUGUGAAAUUAUAACCUGAUUUUCAAGUAUAUAACUUACUUUAAAAAUCCAAACAGCUCACAUUCAGAACUGCCUACCAGAGAUCUCGCACUUCUAAAUCUCAGAAAGUACGGUUGUCUUAUCCAUGAAGAAUGACUAUUCCAACUUCUCAGCAAACCACAGUUUAGAACUUCGUAAAAUUUCAAAACAGCAUCCCAAAUUGAGGUGAAAUUAUCCAACAGGAUAUUCUUAUUCUGCAUGAGAUCUUAUUUCUUUGUAUACAAUUUUUCCUAUCUAAAUGUACUUAGAGCAGCUAUUUAAGCUGCUUUGAUGCUAUUUUAGUUCAGAAAUCCAUCCUAGCUUUGAACAACAGUAUCAAAGCACUCAGUAGUACCUAACAGCCUUGUUGUUGUGCAGAACACCACAUACAUACACACCUCUGUCUUUGUGGACUUCAUGUAACUGGCAGAUGAACUAUGUGCCCUCAGUGCAUUUUGUUGCAUUAAGCAGGUUCCUUGGUGGAACUUGUCUUGCCAUGCUUUCCAUGCCAGUUUCUACAGUUCCCACUGAGAAUGAGGGGAGCCAAGAAUCCUGCCUUAAAUACUCAUUCUUGGAUAAGCUGCAUUUCCUAUCAGACACAAGGUUUUUACUGUUUUCUGCCUUGGAUACUGGUUACCUAGGUUGAGAAGUCUCCAACUUGGUCAUGGUCUGCAGAACAUCAGAACUAUUCAACAGCAUCUGGACAGCUAUGUACUGAGGGAAUACUCUUGUUUGAAUACUCUUGUUUUUAUCUUGUCUAGACAAGAGCUGUUCCCCAGCAAAAAAAAUAAAUUGUUAGACAGUAGUGGCACUAAUUGGGUUAUGUGACUCACUUAUGCUUUUUCAAAUGGUCUAUAGCUGAAAAUAAUCUUGAUUGCUAUGUUGGUACUAUCUUUAUUAAGAAACAUAAUGCCUAAAGUGAGGGGCAAAUUAUUCUGAUUAGGUAGCUUUCUUACAUUUGGGUAUUUGACAUUUUUUAAAGAAAAAAACUAGGAGGCUUGCUUAGACUGUGUGAAACAGUAUAGUCCUAAUCAUUCCAAGUUGUGUGUGCAGAGUAUUUGAUGUGCCAGGCCAAAGUCUGGAAAGCCAUUUUUGUGUUUUGAGAUGAAAUUUGAUGGAAAGUCUUUUUAAAACACAGAAGCUGUAGCUGCAUUUCAUAGAUUGAUAGAAUAGGCUGUUUUGCAUUAAAUUUAACUUGCUCAAAAGUGGAAAACUUAGUGAAUGUUUACAAUAGCAAUUAAGAAAGUUCCAGCUUGUCUUGCAAUAGACUGUUGAAUUCAGUCGAGUGACGAAAACUUCUCACGCCUGUUUUAGAAGUAAAACUUUGUAAAAACACAGUUAAUACUCAGUUGUCCUGUCUUCAUGAAAGUUUACUCCUUUCAGUUUCUGAAAGCACUUAGCUAAGUGAAAUAAGACCUGCACAAUGCGUAAUGCUGCAAUUUAACUGUAGUGUUGUAUAGAUUAGUGUUUACAAUGUGAAAUGUUGCAAUGAAAACUGCAUAUGAGUGUCCCUGUGAAGUACAGUAGCAUGCAUGUUCAGUCACUGCUGUCACAUCUUUGCAGCUAUGAACUCCAGAUUUCUUUACUGGAAGUCUGAAAUGGUCAGGGUGAUAUUUAAUUUAGAGCCAAACUUAACUGUUAGGAACAAACCUGAACUUCUGGUAAAGAAUUCCAUCAAGGUAGCCAAUGCAUAUUAAUCAAAUUUUACCAUGUGGGGGAAAUACAUCUGCCCUUCUAAUUUUUUAACUUGCAACUGAAUUAUAGAGGUCUUUUUUUUUUAACCAUGAGGACCAAAAGCUAGCAAUCUGAGGAGCAGUCCAGUAAACCUGCACGUGCCAACUUACUUUCCAGCUCAGUUUCUGCACUCAGCAGCAAAGCCAUAUGUAGAGCCUGACUUAACACCUUGACAACAGCACCUAUAAAAUUAGGGAUAGAAGAGAAUGGGAAGCUGCCUCAGCUCCUGUUAGCACUGGAUUCACUUUAAAAAAUUAUAGGGGAAAUAGCAUCUAAGCUUGAAGCAAUAUGUGUUUUUUAAGGUUUUAAUAGUACUUGUUUUUAAUGCUUCUGUAUUGUCUAUAUUUAACAGUGUGGUGUCAAUUUGUAUAUGUGAAUAAAAUGAGUGACAGUG